AUGUCUGACAAUCCUCCACAACCUCCCAAGCCCAAGUUUGUCGCUGCCUUCAACUUCCGGAUCGAGCAAACAGGCGCAAUGAUUGAUCUCGCUGGUGGCACCGGGCCUGUAAUCUCAUAUGGCCAGUAUUACCACGAAACCAACAAGAACCAAAUUUGGUCCGUGUACAUGUCACCGUAUAACGAAAAUCUCUUUAUCAAGAGUGAAGCAAAUCAGCAGUGGCUAGUUGCCAAUGGGCAUGGACAACGAGUCACCACAGGCAAUCCAUCCUGGUCUGAUGAGAAUGCCCAGUGGGUUAUUCGAGGUGGAGAUAUUCGGAACUUGACCAACGACACGACCAUAUCAAUUUGGAGUGUCAAAUAUCCUGAAUGUGUCUUGGAUCUUGAGGGAGGCAAAGGACCUGGUUCACCGAUCUUGACCUACAAGCAUCACAGUGGCCCCAACCAGAUUUUCAAGCUUUGGAAACGCUGGUAG